AUGAUAAAAAAUGAAUCAUCUAUACAUUUAAAUAAACUUUCUCAUAAUAAUAGUAAUAAUAAUCAAAUCAAACAAAUGGAUGAUAAUGCGAUUAUCCAUAAAGGUGUUCUUUUCUUCUUUAAAUAUUCGAGUUUGUGUUUUGUCAUAGGUGAAGAAAAUAUAAGUAUAUCUGAUAGUGAACCAUUAGCACCAGCUAUAUUACUUGAUGUAUCAUUGAAUGAACAGAAACAACUGUUAGGCGAACUAUCCUUUGUACUUGUUUAA